AACUAUUUACUUCACGGAGAGCGACAUUCAAACAAAUAUUGCAGCGUGUUGGCCCCCAUGGAAUGAGUGGAUCUUGCCUUUACUUGAUUAAUGUGCUCUAGGUCUAACUGACUGGGUUGCACAUGUCUCAUUAAAAAGACUUAAGAUUCAACCAGUUUUAUGAUCAGUGAUGGAGGAGGAUCUAGAGAGCCCUGUGGCUAGGAAGACUGAGGAGCAGUCAGGUAGUGUACUUCUCACCUACUUCCAAGGAGACAUCGGCAGCAUGGUGGAUGAACAUUUCUCCCGUGCUCUGAGUAACACAACUAAACAAAAAGGAGAACGCUCCAAAAGCCAAAGGAUCUGCAAAUCGGCUCAAAAAAGCAGACUUGGGACAAAUCAAUGGGAAACACAGUCACACACAGGGAUUCCGUCCAUGUUUCCUCCAGAAUGGCUCCAGUUAAAAACAAAUAAUGAACCUCAACUGAACACUCACAUGCCACUGAAUCACCCUGCAAACAGUGGAAUUCUCUGGUCAGGGGGUUCUAGGCAGGGUAUGAGUCUUGCUCUGCCCACCAUGGUAUACCCCUCGGUUGGAUCCACUGAUGGUUUGGUGGUGGCAGAAUACCAAUAUACUCAUUCUCUGUUAAACCUGCUCAACAAUGAUCGCCCCGAUCUGGGCACAGUAGUGGUGGCCCCCUCCAAACAAGACCACAUUUCUGGAUGGACAAAGGAUCCAGGAUUUAGGGACUAGAUGAGUUGUGAAGUCAGCUUUGACAAUGGUACAUGUCCACAACCUGAAUAUAUAGUGCUAACUUACAUUCAAGUCAUUUUAUAGACAUUUUUGAUCCUGAGUAGUUGUGACUUGUCUUUCCCUAUUAGGAGUAUAGGUAAAAGAGAAGAAGGAUUUUUAUUGGUGCUAAUGGAACAUUAAUUGAGAUUUAAUGCCAAGAAACAAAAAGUCUCUCAUCGCUUUUGUUUUACUGAACAAGUGAACAAAGGAGUUUGCAAUGCUUCACCUGAAGGCUUCUGUAUCUCCAGCCUGUUCAGAAAUUUGCUCCUUAUUUUCCUUGGAAUAGAAGAAUUUGCACAAGAAUUUGGCCUUCGGCUGUUUGGCUAAAGACAUUUUACACCCACACAUUUCUUUCAUAUGCUUAACCGAAAGGACAGAGUUCAUUUGUAGCAUCUAGAUGUAUUUCCUUUUUUGAAAUAUUUUAUAGACUUAUUAACCUAUUUUAGGUAGCAUUUAACUAGUCUGAAAACCACAUUAUGGCAAGGAAUAACUUUGCAAAAUGGGCAUUGGAGAUGUGCUAAACUAUUUGUUGAUUACAGUAUAAAUUAAAGCAAAUUUGUAAAUAAGUAAAUUGGCUAUAGUAUAAGGAAACUGGGUAAAAUGUGGAUGUUUCAAUUAAGAAGUUUUUGGCUAGGCAAUAGUGCAUACAUAUAAAAUAUUGUAUUGUACUGAAUCCAGGUUACAUAAAUGUAAGAGAUAUCCACAUUUACAUAAAGAUAUCGCACAAAAUAUUUCUCCAGUGCUAUUAAACACAUUUUUACAUUUAAGCAACAUCAUGUAACAGCAAUUGUUUAUGUUUUUACAUCAUUUAAUUUUGCAUUGUUUCUAUUUGCAGGUGUUAUUAAAGGAAUAGUUCACCCAGAAAUGAAAAUGCUCUCAUCAUUUACUCACCCUCAUGCCAGAUCCCAGAUGUGCAUCCCAGACUUUCUUUCUCAUUAUGAACACAAAUAAAGAUUUUUAGAAGAAUAUCUCAGCUCUGUUGGUCCUCACAAUGCAAGUGAAUGGGUACCAUUCUCCACUUUCACUUUCACAUUCUUCUUUAUUUGUUUUUGGCGAUUCGCAUUAUUCAUGCAUAUCACCACCUACUGGAAUUUAUAGUAAAUUUAUAGUAAAAAAAAAAGGACUUAAAUGCUGAUCUGUUUCUCACCCAUACUCAUCAUAUCGCUUCGGAAGAUAUGGGUCUAACAACUGGAGUCUUAUGGAUUACUUUUAAUUCUGAUUUAAUGUGUUUUUUUGGAGCUUCAGUUUGUUGGUAUUCACUUGCAUUGUGAGGACCUACAGAGCUGAAAUACUCUUCUAAAAAUGUUUGUUUGUGUUUGGCAGAAGAAAGAAAGUCAUUCACAUCUGGGAUGGCAUGAGGGUGAGUAAAUGAUGAGAGAAUUUUCAUUUUUGGGUGAACUAUCCCUUUAACAUGAUUCUUGGAAUGCAUGGCAUUUAAGCAAUUGAAGAUGUCAACACUGUUGCCAAGUGGAUGAAAACAACAUUGCACUGCAUCAAACUGUAAAAACUAUAUUAAAUAAAAGAAGCAU